AUGAAUGAUUCGAGCAAAGCCACCGAUCGACUUCUAGCUAUUGCCCGAUCAUUACAACACCCCGAGCAAAAUUAUGGUUUACCCGAAGAGUUCGUGAGAAAGCUUCGCGCUGCCCUUCUAUCAGACCCAUUAUUGCCGAGACCCAAUCCCUCCAUCUCGCUCUGGCAAGAACCUGUCCACCCAACUGUAUCAAGCAUUCAGUCUCCUACCCUUCCAUCGUACGCCGAUAUUGUUGUCAUUGGCUCUGGGAUAACUGGAUGCAGCGUUUCCAAAGCCCUCCUCGAGGACGACAGUCUAGAAUCGACAACUCGGAUCGUCGUGCUCGAGGCGCGUACCCUUGCCAAUAACGCAACAGGCCGUAAUGGAAGCCAGCUUGUCUCUCCAGUCGGACAUCUCUACAAUACUAUGUGCAAGAGGCAUAGUGAAGAAACAGCCAAGGAAAUGGGUCGCUUCAGCUUCAUGAACAUUGAGCGGAUCAUGGGUAUGCUCGAAGAACUAGAUCCAGAGCUACAGGAGUCCAGCGAGAUUCGACAUGUACACAAAGUCAUGGUUGCUGGCGAUGAAGAGACUUGGAAAACCUCGAAGGAGUCUCUGAACUCCUUUCGGGAGGCCAUCCCCAGCCAUCAGACCACCCAUCGUGUUACUGAGCAGGACAACUUGGCAAAGAACUUCAACAUCAAGAACGGCCAUGGUGUCAUCGACCAUCCUGCCGGCGCGGUCUGGCCAUACCGCCCCAUAACAGGAAUCUUCGAACGUCUUCUCGUCCAAUACCACGACCGCCUCUCGAUCGAGACUAAUACUCCCGCGACAGCGAUAAAAUACAUAUCUGGUACCGCAAGUGAUGGUUCUUCUAUGCCCGACUACCCAUACGUCAUUGAGACUCCCCGGGGUGCUAUUCAAGCCAAGCGGGUGAUUCACUGCACAAACGCGAACGCUGCCCACUUGUUACGCCCAUUGUUAGGAAGAUUAUAUCCGUAUAGAGGGACCAUGUCUGUACAAAAGGCUGGUCCUUAUCUAGAAAACGUGGGCAACAGUCGAUCAUGGAGCUAUCUGACCAAGUCUACUCUUGAUCCCGUGUCAGAGCGGUUCGAUGGAGGCCUGUACUAUCUCCAGCAGCAUGCCACAACUGGCGAUAUAUGGGUCGGCACUAAUUACUCCAAUAUCUUCGACGUUCUUACGUCUGACGACACUGCUGUACCUGGCCACUCAGUCGAAGCUUUGCUGAAAUUCUUGCCCAAGUACUUUGUGAAAGGAUGGCCAGAGGAUGAGCGACCGGAGUUGAAAGGAGUAUGGACUGGACUACAGGGCCAUACAUCGGAUGGACUUCCAUUGGUCGGUAAACUACUGAACCGAGGGAUUGGAGCUUUAUACGCCUCCAAGGCCGGCCAAGGAGUCAUCAUUUAG